CAAAAAUAUUUACUACUUUUGUUUACAUAUUGUUUCAUUUUGUAAAUCAUCAUAAAUGAGGCACACUAUAUUUCUGUAUAUUUAUUAAUUUUAUUGGUGGCUAAUACAAUACAGUAUUUUGCCAAAAACUAAAGUUACUAGUUCAAGUUAGAGAUCUUGUCAUGUGUCAACCCGUUCUCACUCCCCACUCGUCACGUAUGUACGCUCGGUCAGCGCCCCACGGCGUCACGUUUGAACGCGCAGGGGUGGGUACCCCUUCGGCGUCGUUUUUCGACGAACGGGCAACUGCGUUGCUGUUUUCUAAAUGCUCCAGACCGAGAUGCGUGCAAUUCUUAGCAUUUCAUAAUUAUUUAUGGUUUUAAUAUUUUGUAGCACCUAACCCCACCCUCACCCUAAACCUAACUCUAACCACUUCUCAGCCAUAUAAAACACAGCACGCGAAUAAAAGUACAGUCACGGGUAUUUAUUGCACAAACUGAACAAAAGCAUUACAAAAUAUAACAAACAACUCGUUUCGAAGACAUUUUUGCACCAAAGCCGUACGAUAACUUAACAUGAAGAUGCCGUGCGUGUCCGUGAAUGCAUGAGUUCGGCACCCAUUUAAAGAUAAACCGGAACAGCUAGAUGCAGUCGGUUGCGGGAGCCAAUGCCGUUUCACGUUCAAAGCCAACGAAAUGAUGCGGUCGGUCACGAGACACGGGAGAGCCAAUGGCAUCGAAGCUGACGUAACUUCCUCUGGCAAAUUUUGAACGUCGUUCUCCACGGUGAUCGCUUUCGCAUCUGUUCCUCAUACAAAUCAAUCGUUUCGCGUUGGUACCCUUGGAAUAUCUGUAUUUUUGAACAACAUUGUGACUGCUUGUAUUAUGUGUUUUAUAUUACAACAAAUAAAAUGUUACAUUACUUGCUCAAACUGUCGGAAUAGUGUCAUGUAAACACAAUUAUCCUGGCCAUUAAACUUAAAUUAAACCCCGAAACAUCAUACUUUCAAAUUAUAUCUAAUAUACAUUUUCAUAAUGACGGUGAAAUUCGCGUGCCCUUCACGUCGAAAAACGACGCCAAAGGAAAGGAGUACCAUGCGCGUUCAAAAGUGACGCCGAAGGGCGCUGACCGAGCGUGAAUAUGUGACGAGUCGGGAGUGAGAAUGUCUUGCAUAAGAUACAAUGAAAUUCUUACUUUGUAAGAAUGUAAUUUUUUACUCCUCACACGGAAAACAGGGUGGGAUGGGAACAAACAAACACCAAUACAAUUAAAAAAAAAUACAAAUAAAUAAAGGAAGUAGCAAAAAAAGUAUGUGUAUAAUGAAUAUAAAGAGAACCUGUACAAAACUAUGAAACAAUUGACAAUAAAUAUACAAUUUACAUACAAUGCAACGAAAGUGACAGUUAAAGUGUCAAGUGGAAAUAAAGUGUCUGAAGUGUUGAAUUAUACAUGAUUGUCGAUCUAUUGUAUGAGGUGUGUGUAUAAAAGUCCCUCAGAUAAAGUUCAGAGUGUCAUUGUACAGGCUGAUUUAUUCUGCUGAUUCACUAUUGUAUAUAGUUUGUAGCCUGUAAUUGUAAAAACCCUGCUGGUUAUUACCUGGCAACCCUGGGAGUGGAAGAGUUAAUUUCCAGCGAUGAUGUGAAAUCUACAACAGUUGUUAUUUUUAGCUUAAGCUCUGAUGUCCUAUAUACAGGCACACCGUUUGCUAUCACCGCAUCACUUAGCGCAUUUUCCACUCAUAAACAUUCUCUCCGAAGAGCUGUUUGACUGAAGUGAAUUAAAUGCUGAAUGUAAUGUAUUAAUAUAAUAUAAUAUAAUUAUUUCGUGCUGCGUAUGAAUCUCACCGUUAGUAUAUAAGUUACAGUACGGUCUCAUCAACAAUAGCCCCCAACGCCUUCAAUAAAAUAUCGGAAAGCUUAGAAAUCUCUUGUGUGUAGCGUCAAAAUAAAGUACAGGUUCAUAAAAUAGGAAACAUAUUUUUUUAGAGCAAUAUAAACUGAUGUUUUUUUAUUGUGCCUUUUAUGCAAGAACCUGAUCUCAACGUAGACAAAAAGCAAACCCAGCACUAAAGUGCAGGCUGGUUACGUCACAGGCUUUUAGUGCUCUAUUUGCGACAUUCUUUCACGGAACUGCGUCCGCUGGCCUUGCAGUCUUAUAAGUUAUGUGUACCAAACUUGGCAUUCUUAAACUAUCAUCCUUUAAAUAUCACGUGCGCUUUUUACACCACAGUAGAACUGCGUUUUUGUUGUAUCUAUGCCUUCUUUAUUUUCCUGCAUUCCCUCACUAUAAAAAUAUUGAACACAUAGAAAGAUGUGCAAAGGAAAUCGAUUUAUAAACACAACAGAGCUGUAUGAUCUGUGCGGUGACGGCCGCUAGGGGUCGUGGCCUUUAACCUUCUUGUAAGCGCGUCCGACUUCCCUCACCGACUUGGUAGCAGGUCUGGAUUCAGAUCGAGCCGUACCGGUGUAAUAAAAUAGCAAAUAUUUCAUGCCUUUGACUUUUUAACGUCAUUGAAAUGUAGGCGAUUGCAUGUGUACUAAAAGUUUCAUCUAAGAAGAUUCUAAUCAUAACUUCAUCGUCUGAUAAAAAAGGACUUCACAUCAACCCCUUCAGUUAUCCUUCCUAUCCCGCCCCUUACUGACGUCACGCCUGGCUGUGUUGCGAGUCCGUCUCCGUUCACGCACGCACGCGCGCCCUCCCCAACUCGCGCGACCGGAGAGUCGCUCUAGCUCAUGAUUCAAAGUAGUGUAGACUUCUUGCCAGGCUCCAGCUGUCUCCGGUCUCUCCAGGAAUGAGAAGCGAUGGCCGGCUCUGCCAACGAGGACAAAACCUUCAAGAGGUUCCUGGAGCUCUUCCUGCGGGAGAUGAGGCCACCUCUCCAGGAGGACGUACCUGUACCUAUGCGCCCCUUGACGGACCUCAUCUCGGAAGACGAGGUGGAAGGGGAAUGCCUCGACCUGUGUCUCCAGCACCUGUGUAAAUAUAAUUGCCCUUUCUCCUUGGCUGCAGCCCUGGCCCGUGGUACAGCCGAUAGUAUCCUGCAAAGCGAUCUUUCCAUGUACCAUCUCAACAAGAGCGUGGAGGACGAAACGCAAACGUUGCCUCCAGAGAUUGAUUCGGUGAAGCUCGCGCGGCUGGUCUUUAAUAAGCUGUGCGAGACGUGCUGUCAUUGGCUCAAGGAGUUCCCGUAUCGCCACCGACAUUUGCCGUACUACGAGACCUCCAUCCACGCCAUCAAAAACAUGCGGCGCAAGAUGGAGGACAAGCAUGUGGUUAUUCCAGAUUUCAACACGCUCUUCAAUCUACAGGACCAGGAGGAGCAGGCGUUUUUUGCCGUGUUUGAUGGUCACGGCGGGUUGGAUGCUGCCAUCUAUGCCGCCAACCACCUGCACGUGAACCUGGUCAGACAGGAAAUGUUCAGUCAGGACCCGAUAGAAGCCCUGUGCCACGCCUUCAAAGUGACAGAUGAGAGAUUUGUACAGAAGGCAUCACGUGAGAAGCUGCGUUGUGGUACCACCUGUGUUGUGACCUUUCUGAGGGGACACACGCUGUAUGUUGCCUGGCUCGGAGAUUCACAGGUCAUGAUGGUGAGGAGAGGUCAACCAGUAGAGCUGAUGAAACCACACAAACCAGAUAGAGAGGAUGAGAAGAAGCGUAUCGAAGCUCUGGGCGGGUGUGUGAUCUGGUUUGGCACGUGGAGAGUCAAUGGAAGCCUGUCAGUGUCGAGGGCUAUCGGUGACUCCGAACACAAGCCCUACAUCUGUGGUGAUGCAGACUACACCACCUUAAACCUGGACGGUAGCGAAGACUACUUGAUCCUGGCCUGCGAUGGCUUCUAUGACACCGUGAAUCCGGAGGAAGCCGUGCGGGUGGUCAGCGACCACCUGCAGGAGAACAACGGAGACACCGCUAUGGUGGCUCACAAGCUAGUGGCCUCGGCCCGAGACGCAGGUUCCAGCGACAACAUCACUGUAAUCGUGGUGUUCCUCAGGGACCCCCGUCUGCCCCCACCCUCAGAGGAACCCGAGGAGGAACCGGAAGGGGAACCCGUAGAAGAUCCAGGAGAGGAGGAGGAGGGGGUGGAGGCCUUGCAGAGUGAAUUGGUGUGUCACGAUGGAGGAACGGAGAACGGAGGAAAGAAUCGGAGCGGCUGGCCACUCCAGCAAUGUUCUGCCCCAGCCGACCUGGCCUACGAAGACCGCAUGGAUUCGUUUACGGACAGGACAAGUCUUAGCAUGGGGCCGGAUCUGCGGGUAGAAUCUGGCUGCUUCAGGUUCCCGUCAAGCCUACCCCCAACGAGAACCAUGACGCUGGAUGUCACACCCCCUUACGCCGGGGCUGGUGCGGCCUGGCGCCCCUACCAAGAGGAGGGCCUUUCUGGGUACAGGCAAAAGCCCCAGCCUAAACCGAGAGUCCCCUCCUACUCGCAGCCCCCCUCCGAUGGACAAUUGCUGGAGGUGGCUGCGCUCUUCCCCCACGAGGGACGGAGGAAGAGGCGGCUGGAGCUGAUGCCGCUAAGGAGGGAAUCGCAGCGCCUGAUCCGGAGGGCCAGGGAAAGCCACGGCCCUAUGAGCUGCUUCCCUAGUGUGCCCUAUCCUCUUCGCUCUCUGGAGAGGAAGCCCGGGAUAGCCUUUCCUCAUGUAACCCACAGCAAAAGGGUCUAAUCGACAACUUCCUUGCCCCGUCAUACUGCCCUUCAUCCCUAAAACACACUCAUAUCACACAACACAGACUGAGGAGUGAACACACACGUUUGGUUACAAAACCUAGUGAGGUGCCUUUGUAGGCAGCAUUUAAAGGCUGUUAUAUAUACAGGCGGCAUAGUUAUGAAUAUGUAGCCAGCAGGGAGCUCACUAGGUUUUGGGACAGAGCCAUAUACACAAACUGAUAUCACAUUGGUGUAAUUAAGCCAGCCUAUCAGAAUCCUUCAUCACGCUCAGCCAGCUUCAUCCUCAUCCACACUUCCUGCUCUUUUUGCGUGUGUAUGAAUGUGUGCAGAAGAGUGUUAACGUUAUUCUCACACUGUCCUCACGUCAUGCACACCCGCUGUAGUAACUUUUCAAGCAGGUUUUAGAAGGAGAAUGACUGAAUGGUAGUGCUCGUAUAUUAAUACUAAUAUGUGAGACAUGAAGCAGUUCUUGGUUACUAAAGCCGUUUGAAAUGAUUGGAUGAUGUGGAGUGAAUUCAAUAAACGGUUUGUGGCGCAAUCUAGUUUACGUUGGCGUUAAAUGCAGCGGUAACACAAAUAUUGUAGAUCAUAAGUUAGGCUUAUUAUAGAUUCAACUGUAAGUGAGGCUUAUUAUGCAUUUGCUUGGGACAAUUAUUGUUGCGGUUUUAUCGUCCACAAAAAGCUGUAAAUGGAAUUUUGUGUAAAUGAGAUGUUUGGGUACACAUUCUAUUAAUCAUGACAGUUAUUCAUCAAAUGAUAGGGGAGGGUGUUUUAAAUAGAAUAUAUAUCCAGACGUGUAUUGUUAAAUAAGGCUGCACAUUUCUUGCAAAUUAUGCUAAAUAUGACUAUUUAUGCAAAUUAGCCUAGAAAUACACAGAACAUACUUUUUGAGACCAACCGACUGCUCAAUUCUGUUGGGCUAGAUUCCGUACAGUAACUGCUUGAAUCGGGCGCUACAACAACGCUAAAGAACCAGGCACAUAAAAGAUACUGCGGUUUAGUGAAUUCACCCCAUGUAUUUAUCUGUUAUUCAACCAUCAGAUAAAAUUGUUCCGAAUCAUGCACAUGUCGUUCAAAACUUGCAUAUGAGUCCGUUGUGUGGAACACAAAAGAUUUUUUGAGAAAUGUCUUUUUUUGUGUCCGUACAAUGGAAGUCAAUGGGGUUUUUGGUUACCAGUGUUCUUCAAAAUAUAUUCUAAAUAAUCUUCGUUUGUGUCCUCAAAAGAAAGGCAUACAGAUUUGGAAUGACAUGUAAAAUGUUAAUGGGAAAAGACUUUUAUUUUUAGGUGAACUAUCCCUUUUAGUGAGUGGCAACCAUCAUAUUUGUUUGUGUUUAGAUCACAUGUACUGUAUGUGCUAAAACUAUUUUUUUAUUCAUCCCUAUUGUUUUUAACAUGUAUGACUGGAUUAAGUGGCUGCCACAUCAAAAGCAUUCACACGUUCAAAAUAUUUUCAACCACACUUUAUUAUCCAGAAAUAAUAUACACUAUCAACUGUUGCAUUUAUAAUGAUCACAGUUUCUGCCGCCAAAGUCAGAAACUCAGGGGAAGAACCGUUUUAAAGAAAUUAUUUAGGUUUGUAGAUGAACUUCCAGACAUAUCAAUCAAAUUUACACAUGUAGUACAUACACAGAGGCAGUACAUAUUCUGUAUAUUUUCCAAAUUCAAAACCAAAGAUUUAAGUAUUCAUAAGACACUAUCGAAAAGUACAAAGUAGUGCAAACACAGCCAUCUACAAAGAUGUGCUAUUGAAAGAUAUUAAUUCAUAUUGACAACAAAGAUCUUGGUAAUGAUUAUUGUUGAACCGUGCUUCAUGUUGAAUGUUGAGUAUCUGCUUUAAGCUUGUACAGGAAGUGAAAAUGUAGCCCUAAAACUUUGCUUGACGUUGAAUAAAGCAGACUGAAGAUCUUUAUAGUUGUGUUGGAACAGAAUAGAGGACAUGAAUAGUUUAGUUUAUGCAGCAAAAUGUUUGCCUUUAUCACAUGCCUGUUUUUAAAAGGCCAAAAAGUGGAUAAAUCUGCUGGUUCUUUCACCUUGUGAUCUUUACGUGGAUCUAGAGAUUUUUAAUACACUCAAAUAUUUGCUCAUGUGAGUUUUGUACCUUUUUUUGCUGCCACCUGAAAUUAGGCACAAACCACACACAUUCUUUUGAUGUCGGAAAAUGUAAGAGGAUUGACAUGUGCCAUCAAUGCCGUGCCAUUGCAUUGCAUAGACAGUUUCCUUUCCAUUUAUUUUAGUAGAGGAAUAAAUAGGGAGGGGCGGGGCAUAAGUGUCACUAGUUUGUUGUCGUUCAAGCGCUCCUCAUUUGCUCUCCUGCCAAGUAUCUCAUUGACACCCAAGUUCAGCUUCACACGCAUCGUUAUUAAGUAAACCCAGAUAUUGUUAAAGUAUUCGACACCUGUGCCCUCAACAGCCCUCUCCCCUCAGAAAAGGAUCUCGAACUGUUAUGGUGCAUUUUGUCUGCUUCAGAAUAUACAUUCAGCUGUUGAAUGUUAGCGGAACCCUCCUUCACACGAACUUGGACGAUCAACGCCGCGUUAAAGACUGUCCCGAAUGUAUGUGCGCAGACUCGUAUUCUUCCGUCUAAUUAUGAGACUCUCGGCUUGGUUUGUGUGAGAAGGAGUGUGAGAAGGAAUCUGAGCAUGUUGAAAAUCACCAGCUCUAUCUUGUAUCCAUCCAAGAUCUGCGCUCGAGGAUGACGACAAGAUGGAACGGAUGACUAGAGAUUAAUGACUGAGUGCAGCUUUCAGGACACGGACCUUAUCAAUAAAAGCUGUGCUCUGUGACGUGUGCGCCUAGAUUCUACCCCCCCUUCACCUUUACCAUCAUGGACAAUCUUUCUUUCACGAGCGUUUACUCCCCACACCCCUCUACCACCUCGUACGGGGCACAAAUUAUAUAUCGGAAGUGUAGUAACUUACAUAUUAUAUUGUAUACAUGUGCGUGCGUGUAACAUUUGGGACGUGUAUGUGAAGUCUGUCUUAUAAAUGUGCUAUUUUAAUCACCACUGAUUACUCAGAUGGAGUCUGUGUGUAACGCGUUUAGAGAACCCUUAGCCCCGCCCUUUACUCGCCACGCUGAAAGACGUAAACUUGAGGGAAGCACGUCCAUAGGUACCGUCACGGGCUCGCGCUUAUUCGGAAAGUGCAACGGUGCACGGUGACGAGUCAAGUACCAAAGUUACGUAGCCGUACUGAGAACAACAUUUCUCAUUGUCUUCGUGUAUUUUUGAGCCUUGGCCCACGGUGGACUGACUGUUAGACGGCAGCGUUUUCCCAAUGUUUUAGCGAUAGUCGUACAUUUCGCGUCAUGGGCUCAUUUGACCUCACGCGACGGUUAGCCCUUCUCAUUUGCUGUCACUGCUAUUUGUCCACGUACAGUACUGCUCUUUUUCUGCUAGCAAUAAUAAACUUACGCAAGCCAUGUGUGAAGAGAGAUCCUCUCUAAGCAAUCCUCCCGUCUUCUCUAAAGCAAAGCUGAGUAAGGGUUUAAAGAAACUAGAGGGGGAAAGUAACUUAUCUUAAAAAAGAAACCUAUGUUACUGAUGAACAUCACUGUAUUCUAUUAAACCUGUGUUGAUGAGAAACCACUGCUGUAUUCUUUUCUCUGGUCACUGAUACCGCUGUCAUAAAAAGUAAAAUGCACGUAAAAUUAUAUAUGCCUACAGUAAUUUGCUAAACCAUCACGUUUACUGUUAUUUUGUGGAUAUGUAGCCUAAGGGAAUUUAACAAUGUGUAUAUAUGUGACCCUGUCUGUAUAAACCUAACUAAAGUCAUUUCAUUGUGUGUUUUUUUUUGUUAUAUUUUUAUUCUAUAUAAUGUAGAGAACAUUAUGUGAAAAUAAAACAUUGAUUUAUUCAAUAUUGCCUGAGUAUGGCCAUGUCAAAGAUUGGAAUUAAUGUGUUUUUUCAGACAAAUAAGAAA